AUGCAGACAGUGUGUGGAUACAACGACCUCAGCGCCCAGCAGCGCGUGCUCGUAGCGGAUGGCUCGUGCGGCGCGGCAGCGACCUGCCUUCUCGAUCGCGACUGCGCAGUCGCCAUGGUCAUGCCGGUCAACGCGACGCGGUUUGACCUCGAGAGCACGUGGCUGCUCGGCGACCUCUCGCGGUACCCGCACGAUACGCUAGAACUCGCGCAGGUGCAGAGCGCCACGAGUCUGCACGCGUAUCUGCAGUUUCCCGUGGCUCUGCGCGCCUUAGUCUAUGAGCAGGCAACGAUUGACGCCGAGUCGGACGAACACUUCGAACCAUCGGUCAGCGCGCUGGAACGACUGCAGCUGCCGCGUGCCCUCGAGAGCUUGACACUGCGCAACUGCUUGGUACAAGGCACGAUGGAGUUUUAUGGACUGGAGCACCUCCGGCGACUCGAGCUCCGGAACUCGCGCUUUAGCGAUUUUUGGCUCGGUGGCGUCGACAACACCCUGGAGCAUUUGUACGUUCUCCAAACAUCGACCAUUUUGACCAAGUUUGGCAGAGUACUCGACAACUGCGUCUCCGAGCUCAUUGGCGUGCACACGCCAAUCUUGCGCCUCGAAGUGUCGUCCGAGCUGCGCUACUUUGUCUGUGACGACUGCGACGUGCCAAGUGUCAUGGUCGACAAUACAACGUACGCAGCGCUCGCGGCCCUUUCGCCGGCCUUGCCCAAUGCCACCGAAGGCUACCGCGUCCACCGUAUUCAGCACGACGAAGCGCAGUGCAUGGCAGCACGUGGCCAAAUCAAACGGCUCUGGGAAACCACCUCAGUCUGCAUCCCGGAUCGCAACCGGCCGCCGAUUGAUACCAACGUUGGCUCGUCGUGGAUGUACCCCUAUACCACGUACAUCUAUCUUGGAGGCGCCGCUGUCCUUCUGUGCAUCGUCCUCUUCUCUGUCUACGCGAUUCGACGCGGCAGCCGCGCCGUCAAAACCCGGCGAUCGGCCGACGACGACUACCUCGCGUCGACGCUCCGACCAAACGAGAUGGCAACGCUCCAUAUGCUCCAGAUUGACGCCGACGCCAUCGCUCUCUGCGGCACCAAGCCACUCGCAUCUGGUGCAUACGGUGACGUCUGGCGCGGUAUUUACGCCCACACCACCGUCGCUCUCAAGCGCGUCAAGCACCCCUCGCCCACCUCCGUCCACGCUUUUAUCCACGAAAUUCUGCUCCUCCACACGCUCGAGAGUCCAUACAUUGUCCGUCUGCUGGGCGUGCGCUGGCGCCGCCUCAUGGACAUUGAGGCCAUCGUCGAGUACUGCGACCUCGGCGACCUGCGCAGCUUCCUCGCCGCGUCCACUGUGGACAAUGUGUCGUGGGCGACGAAGGCGUCGAUCCUCGAGAGCGUCGUGUACGGGCUCGUGUUUCUGCACACGUUUGAGCCCGUGAUCAUCCACCGCGAUCUCAAGUCGCGCAAUGUGCUCUUGGAUUCCAAGAAUGGCACGAAACUCAGCGACUUUGGCACGUCCCGCAUCCUCGACGACCAAAAGACGCUCACCAACGGCAUUGGCACGUUCUAG